AUGAACGACGGUGGAGAAUAUACCUCCUCCACGCAUCCACAGAGAAAAGCAAACAUCAUUUCGUUUCUGCUCUUCUGGUGGACCAACGAUUUGUUCAAAACUGGAAACCAGCGCCCUUUAGAACAGUCUGACUUCUGGCCGUUGCACGAAGAAGAUACUACUUCUGAAUUGACAAGAAGGUUACAUUCACAGUGGAUGAAUGAUCUAGACGACCACAAACUAACUGGCAAAGAACCUAAGUUAUGGAAAAGUGCUUUCAAAGUCCUCUCUCUUAAGGACCUUUUAGUAAUUUCCUUCGCCGGGCUGAUAGACUCCGUGGGUCGAUUUCUUCAACCCUUUUUCCUGGGAUUAUUUAUUUCUACACUUAUGUCGGACAGACCAGAAAGAGAUCUGCUUUGCGGAUGCGCUGUAUUGAUGCUCAUAAUUGUAGUGAUGAAAAGUGUUGCUGUCCAUCACAGUAGCUUUAAACUGUACGUCAUUGGCAUGCGAAUGAAGGCUUCUCUCAAGGGAAUCAUCUUUAAAAAGAUUCUACAACUUAGUCAACACAUGCUAAACGACUUUACCAAAGGUCAUGUGGUCGAUCUGGUGACCAAUGACGUUCAAAGAAUGGAACAAGCUGCCAGGCAAUUCUUCCGCCUUCUCGUCGCCAUUUUUGAUGUUUGUGUAGUGGUACCGUUGUUAUGGUACUUCAUAGGUUGGCAGGCAUUGACGGGGAUCAUCUUCUUGUUUCUUCUCGUGCCGUUUGGUGGCUACUUGACAUACCUGUCAGGAAAGCUUCGCCUGCAGACCGCUGUCAUCAGUGACCGGCGAAUAAAUCUCAUGACUGAAAUAAUCGCUGGGAUACGUGAAGUUAAAACGCAUGCGUGGGAAUGGUUCUUUAGAGAUCAGGUGAAGGAAACUCGGAGGAAGGAGAUGAAGAUAAUUCGUUGCAAGAGUAUCCUUCUAUCAUGUGCGAUUUCUCUUAUGUAUACCUCGGGGAUUGUUGCUUCCUUUAUUUCUCUCUUGACUCUCGCUCUUUGUGGCCAUCACUUGACACCGUUCAUCGUUUUCACUCUCUUGUCCAUAAUCAACGUUCUUCGCAACAGUGCACUAAGGUCCAUUGGAGAAGGGACACAGUUUGUUUACGAGGCUUACGUAUCAUUUCAAAGGAUACAAGAAUUUCUGAUGCUGGAAAACUUGCGUAGUGUGACUGAUGUAAAACCGUUAACCAAAUUAACGGAAGAAUCAUUGAAAAAAUCUAGUCCUUUUGAAAAUGAAGAAUUUGAUGUUAUCAUCAAUGAGCUCACAUGUUUUGAAGAGUCAUUGAAGAAAUCGAGUGACAUCAAUAUGUUUAUAGAUGAUCUUGAAAGCAAAAAUAACCGUAAUAUCCUUGAAAAAAAGAAUCUGGGAGAGAGUCAACCUGAAAAACCACUAACAAUCAAAGACGAAGAGUUGCAGGGAAAACCAGAGAAAACGAUGGUCAAAUUAUUCAAUGUGACUUGCAAGAUUGAUUCCAAUAAGUGCUCGGUGAAGUCAAUUUAUUUGGAAGCAAAAGACGACCACUUUGCUAUCAUAACUGGUCCGGUAGGCAGCGGAAAAUCAACAUUACUGUCUGUAAUUACCGGAGAGAUUCCAGUUACUGAUGGAAAUGUCCGGUGUUCCGGGACAAUUGCUUAUGUACCGCAGGUACCUUGGGUCUUCUCUGGUACCCUACGAGAUAACAUCUUAUUUGGUCGACCAUUUGAUUUCAACAAAUAUGUCCGAACCAUCAGAGCUUGUGCAUUAGAAAAAGAUAUUGAAGGAUUUCCUAAUAAAGACCAAGUGGUUAUUGGAGAACGAGGGGACACUUUAAGUGGUGGUCAGAAGACUCGCAUCAGUUUGGCUCGAGCUGUGUAUGCUGAUUGUGAUAUUUAUCUGCUAGACAAUCCACUUGCAGCUGUCGAUGCUAAUGUUAGCAAUGAUAUCUUUAAUCAUUGUAUUCUUGGCAUUUUGUCCAGGAAAGUUCGUCUUAUGGUUUCUCACCAAGAGUUCCACAUGAAGUUCGCAGAUGAAGUCAUUGUUUUGCAUGGUGGCUCAGUUAUCGAUCGGGGAACUUUCUCAGAACUAGACGAAAAAGCAACACUGGUGGACAUACUAGAGCCUCAAAACAAAAGUUUCCACGAAACUUUUUUUGAGGAACUAAUCACUAGAAAUACCAAAGUACAUUGCUCCGACAACAAGCAAGUCAAAAGCAUUGAAAUCCCCGACGAAGACCGUAUGACUGGAACAGUGUCUUGGAAGCUAUACUGGGAUUAUUUAACAGCAGGAGUACAUCCAACCAUUUUAGGUGGCAUAGCCUUGAUGUUCCUUCUUUGCCAAGGAGUAAUGGUUUCACCAGACCUGUGGCUUUCCUUUCUUACAAGACUCUCUAGUGAGGACCAAACAGACAGGAUUAACAUUGGAAUCUACGCAAGUUGUGUCACUGCAGCGGUUAUCCUUGCGACGAUUCGAGCUUACAUGUUUUUCCAGGUGGUAUUGAGAUCCUCAGAGAGCCUUCACAAUGAUAUGGUGACAGCCCUCCUAAAAGCACCGGUGUUAUUUUUUGACUCGAACCCAAUCGGCAGAAUCCUUAAUCGAUUUUCUAAAGACAUCGGCUGCAUGGACGAAGUUCUGCCGAAGACAUUCCUUUUUGCAGUCCAGUUGGUGUUGUUCGUCUUGACUGCAGCUCUCGUCCCGUGGCUCGCGAAUGCGUGGCUAGCAGCAGUUGUAGUGCCUAUCAUCAUCCUAUACAUUUACAUUGCAAGGUACUUCAUGAAGACUUCUAGAGAACUGAAGAGGCUAGAAUCUGUGUGCCGCAGUCCUGUGUUGUCACAUAUCUCGGAAACAUUAGAUGGUUUGGACACCAUUCGUUCCCGCGGAAGACAACGCGAUUUUGCUGAUCAGUUACACAGAUAUCAAGACGUACACAAUCAAGCAUAUUACAUGGUAUUGGCCGCGACUCGUUGGCUUGGAAUAAGAUUAGAUCUCUUAUCUGCCAUCUUGAUCGGCGCUGUUGCCUUAGUUGCUGCUCUAUUUUGCCAUGACAACGCUCUCGUUGGUCUUGCAUUCGUGUACGUCUUUGAAACUUCUCACUUCACCCAGGUAUCUGUUCAACAGUCCUGUGAAGUCGAGAAUUUGAUGACAUCUGUAGAGAGAGUAAUGGCAGUCACCAAACUAGAACCUGAAGCGGGCUACGAUACACCAACAGAAAAACCAAAACAGUGGCCGACAAAUGGAGACACCAAAUUUACUGAGUUAUCUCUCACAUACUACCCUGACGGACCAGCAGCACUUAAGAAAAUUAAUAUGAACAUCGAAAGACAUUCAAAGGUUGGAGUUGUCGGUAGAACAGGAUCCGGGAAAUCAAGCAUAGUUUCUGCUCUUCUGCGCAUGCCUGAAGCUGAAGGGUCAAUCACCGUGGACGGAGUGGAGCUUAACAGUUUAAAUCUUCAAGACUCUAGGAGUUGCAUCUCCGUGCUUAGCCAGAAUCCUGUUGUGUUCAGUGGAUCCCUUAGAAUGAACCUCGAUCCACUGCAAAAACACAGCGAUGUUGAUUUGUGGGACGCAUUAGAAACUGUGCAAUUGAAGAAACUCGUCGAGAACUUUCAGGGCAAAUUGGAUUAUACUAUAACAAACAAAGGAAGAAAUCUGAGCGUAGGAGAGAAGCAGUUGGUUUGUUUAGCUCGUGUUUUACUAGAAGGGAGUAAAAUUGUGGUCCUAGAUGAACCCACUGCUCAUGUUGACCCCAAAACAGAGCAGAUCAUACACGAAACAAUCCAUGAAAAACUCAAAAGCUCAACAGUAAUCACCAUCGCCCAUCGGCUUAAAACCAUUGAAGAAUGUGACAAGAUUGUACAGCUAAGCGACGGAAAGUUAGUUGUGGAGUCAUGUUAUGUCUAAAGUAGGUACGUUCGUGAACAAGAGAAAACAAGCGUCAUCACUUACACUUUCGUUUCCGCCAUUCGUACAAAUUAGAUAGUUUUUUUUCCUAUACUUGCGAACAUUAUGAUAGUUAGGUUAUUUAAUUCGAUAUUUUGUAUUUGGUUUUCCAUUAGUAGGUAUACGAUGUAAAACUGCUCCGAUAAGUCAUGUGGCUGACUAAACGGCUGUGCUGUUCUGAAUAGUGACGCGAAACUUCUGAAUUGAGCUUGUUUCCUCACUUCAUGAGAGAGGAAAGGUCAUGACAAGAAACUGGGUUUCAAGAGAUAGUUUAUUCAAAUUGAGUACGAAAAUUUUGACCUCAUAUACUUUAUUACACAUAUAUAUUCCUUCUUUUAACAAACCCGCUAAUAACAGACUGUAAACUGUCAGUAACUUGAACCCGUUUCAGUUUCCUCUGAUCUUCCAGUAAAAAAGGUUUUGACCAAUAGGAACAUGCUCAGUACGUCUCUCAUUUCAUAACGACACAAGUUCUCGUGUUAUUGAUUUCCUUAACUAACUUCUAUCGUACAAUGGUGACCAAACUAAAUCCAUUGUGGUGUCCCAGUACCCAAGAUAAUAAAAUUGAUUUAUAUAUAUUAUUUAAUAUCCAUUUGUACAAUAUUCCAUUCAUUAGAAGAUAUAAUUCACCAAUUUCAUCAGACACCGACCUAUCUACAUUUCUUCUCAUCUUCUUUAUUAUGUAACCUGAUAAAACAUCUGUGCUUGACAGACAAAACAAGAACAUUCAUUCAUGAGUGCCGUGUUAUUCAGAAACUUAGUCUCAAUUACAAACGGGCUGUUGUAUCGAUAUAAGUAUAGGAAAUAACAUGAUUUCGAGUGUAAUUUGAUGUUAAUAAACACGAUUAAAUUUUUCAAAGACAACUUUCGAUGUAAAAGUGUCUUUGGCUUACUGUGGAAUCAACUGUCGCGUCGUAAACAGCCGAAAUGACAAAUCUUCACCUAAGAACUCUCCAUUCAGCUUUGAUGUUUUACAAAAACGUUUAAAAGAUCUUCCGUAUCGCUGCCAAUUAUGUAUUUUGUUUCAAUAAGAUGUUCAGGUCUGUCUAGCGAGCAUGAUGCUUAUCUUUCCCGCGAGUUCUAAAAACAAGAGAACCAAUCUACAGUCUGCGCCAAGGUUCUAAAUCAAGCAGGUGCUCUUAUUGUUAGAGCUGAACUUCUUGUUAAAAUGGAGAACACCCUGAGUUCAAGGAAAAUGAAAACUUGCAAGUCCAACUUGCUUUCCAACUGUCCUCAUUUAUGUAAAAAGGGUUAUUUAUAAGAGUGAUAUAGAAAUUAUCAUAAUUCUUUUUGGCUGUCUUCCCUAUAACACUUUAUCAUAUGUCUCGGUUAGUACGUCUUACUUCCUCAAGUUCUCGGUCUGUUCAGUAAGUAACGGAAGAUCGCUUAUUCCGCUCGGAUUUGGGGCGCAUGCGCUUUGCACCAAAAAUCCGAGCGGAUAAAACUCGGCCUUGUGACUUAUAGUGCGGACCUCGAACUAUGUUAGUAAGAUAUUGAUUAAUUUUUUUUUUUCGCAAAGCAAUGGUGUUCAUAAUUAUUACAAAGUAUAUACACAAAACUAUUCUCUAUUUACAAACAAAAAAACUGUAUAAUCCACUUCCUAGUAUAUUCAUCUCUAUUUCAUGUACAUCCCUUGCUGAUCUAGUAUCUACAUUGUGAAAGUUUAUGACCCAUGCAAACAAAAAAUAUUCGCAUAAUUAAACAAUAGGUAAAAAAAACCCUGAUUGUUCAUUCACUGUCAAAAGUCUACCACACCAACUCACGUAGAGCAAUUAAUAUUCAUCUACUGGGAUUUUUUAAUUCAAGACACGCAUGUGUAAUAAAGAAUCUCUAAAGAAAAAGAAAAAACAGCAAACCAAUGGAAGAAAAAUUAAAAGCAAACUACUGCAACACUUUUUGUCCUGUAAACCCUUCCCUUCCCUCCUCUAAAAAAAAUACCUACGACACAGACGCAAAUAAAUAACUAUCCAGGCCACUGGGCUAAUGAUCAUCUAUCAAUUCUUCUGAUUGAUUAAACAAUGAAUAGAAGAGAGUUGUUCUGUCGGUAUCCAGUACCAAGUGCUUAAACAAAAUUACAGCAAGACGAAAUACUGAAGAUGUACGUACCCAUAAAUAUGAGAAAAUGGCGCAAUAAGUCACAUGUUGUUCUUACAACAUCUAUAAAAUAGCACGAGAACCAAAAUAAGUUAAAGUCUAUUCUCCAAAACAUAAAAAAAAGCCAUUCAGCCUUAGUUCAUUUAAAGUACGAAUAAGGACUCGUCGCAUUUCCGUGAACAAUAUGGAACUUCAAGUAAAUAACUAACAUGACUUUAUAUAAUUAGGAAAUAGUCUCACUGGUGUUCACUUUAAAUUAGACAACAAAAAGAACAUUCAUAUGAUGCACGAUCCUCGCAGUAGAUAGCGCUAUUUAAGCAAUAGCGAAAAUCAGACCUGAAAAAAAUCA